AUGCGCAAGAAUUACUGGGACUUGGCAUUUGUCCAUGCGACUUUCGAACGUCUAGACGAGCGUGUGGGCAACCAAGCCGUAUGGGAUCCACAAAAUGCGUACUUUCGCAUCAAGGAGUCCUGGUAUGACACGUUUGUCCGCAGUGUCGGCGAGAUUGAACCCGACAAUCCGUGGUGGCACCAUACCGUACAAUGUCUUGAUUUACGAAAGCCAUCUUCAGUGCACGGGCAGCUACGUUGGUGUGUCAAAGUAGGCCCAACGGUUGUGGAUUUUGGCAUGGCAGACGGGCAAGACGUGGACAUUGAACUGGUGGAGCGCGAAGACGAAGACACCAUCAUUGUCCGGGUUACGAAUUGGAAGCGUAUGCUGAAGAAUGUUUUUCGAGAAGAACGAGCUCUGAACCUGUUACUCAAAGACACCGAAGAAGACGAAUUUACAUACAGCCAUCUAGAGGACGGCCUUCGAGACAUGCGACGUAAGCGCUAUCGUUCGAAGUUGAAUCCACGUAACAAUAAGCACGGUAGAGACAUUUGGAAGAUGGACAACAUGACCCCAUUAUGGGGCAAAUACCCUUCGAUGACCGUUAUCCGGGACUACGAAGAUGUGGAACUUGCCGAGCGCAAUGCCGCUCAAACCCUCAUGCUCUUGCGAAGAGAAGCUUCAAUGUCAUCUCGGGAACGAGAUGCAUUGUACACAAUGAAAGAGGAAAGAGCUAUAAUGCACAGGGAAGUGGCGGAGGUCGACGAGCAAUUCAAGAAAUGGCAGGAGAGCUUGCUCGGGUUACCAAAUCUAAGCCUAGGUCGUAUGGAAAUCGAUCAUGACGUUGAUCCCAAUCCGAUGACUUGGUCCAAGGAAGUCGUGGAUCGCGAGAGCCAGAACCUCAUAAGGUGGAAGGCUCAGAAGCAAACCAUCGCGCAUAUCAAAGCCUACCUGGAUGCUACGAACGCCGCAGCUACCUUAGCCGAGGACGACUUCGAUGACGAAGACGAAGACUUCUGA